CACGGUCGCACAGUCUGUAGCAGAGGGAGGGGGAAGGAUCCGUAAAAUGGCAGCAACAGAGGACAUUUUGGGGGAGCUUCUCAACGUUGAAUUGGAGCUUCAAGAUGUUCAAGAUGAAAUAAAGAGGUUGCUUGAUAAGCAAGAGAAGCUGUAUGAGAAACAAUCAGAACUUAAGGCUGUGUUGGAGAAUUGUCAAGAAUUGGAAAAUCCUGAAAAAGACAAUGCUAUCCCUCAAGUAGAAAACUGGUCAGGGUCUUUUGAAUGGGAUAAUGAAGCCGAUGAUAUUAGAUUUAAUAUAUUUGGGAUUCCCACGUAUCGUGCAAACCAGAAAGAGAUCAUUAAUGCAAUAAUGAGCGGUAGAGAUGUACUUGUGAUCAUGGCUGCUGGUGGAGGCAAGAGUCUCUGCUACCAACUUCCAGCUCUUUUACGUCAAGGAAUUGCUCUUGUUAUCAGUCCUUUGCUUUCUCUUAUUCAAGAUCAGGUCAUGGGGUUGACUGCUUUAGGGAUUUCAGCGUCUAUGCUAACCUCAACGACCAGCAAAGAAAAUGAAAAAUUUAUAUACAAAGCUCUUGAAAAAGGGGAAGGGGACCUUAAAGUAUUAUAUGUUACACCAGAAAAGGUGUCCAAGAGCAAGAGAUUUGUGUCAAAACUUGAGAAAUGCCACCAUGCGGGCCGUCUUUCGUUGAUUUCAAUUGAUGAAGCUCAUUGUUGUAGCCAGUGGGGACACGACUUCCGUCCAGACUACAAAAAUCUUGGAAUAUUGAAGACUCAGUUUCCCAACGUUCCUGUUAUUGCUUUGACUGCAACAGCUACAAAGAAGGUCCAGUUAGACCUGAUGGAGAUGCUUAACAUUCCAAAAUGUGUUAAAUUUGUUAGCACAGUGAACAGACCAAAUCUCUUUUAUAUGGUUCGGGAUAAAUCAUCAGUGGGAAAGUCAGUCAUUGAUGACAUUGCCGAGUUCAUACAGAGUUCAUAUACAAACAAAGAAUCUGGAAUUGUUUAUUGCUUCUCCCGAAAGGAAUGUGAGCAGGUUGCAAAAGAAUUGCGUGAGAGAGGAGUUUCCGCCGACCAUUAUCAUGCAGAUAUGGAUGUAAAUGCCCGUGAAAAAGUUCAUAUGAGGUGGAGCAACAGCAAGUUGCAGGUCAUUGUUGGAACGGUGGCGUUUGGCAUGGGAAUUAAUAAACCAGAUGUCAGGUUUGUCAUACAUCACAGCCUAGGUAAAUCAAUGGAGACUUACUAUCAGGAAAGUGGUCGAGCAGGGCGGGAUGGGCUUCCUUCAGAAUGUCUACUGUACUUUAGGUCUGCUGAUGUUCCUAGACAGAGCUCCAUGGUCUUCUAUGAGAAUUCUGGGCUGCAAAAUCUGUAUGAUAUGGUGAGGUAUUGUCAGUCUAAAAGAGAGUGUCGCCGAAGUGCUUUCUUUAAACAUUUUGCUGAACCGGUGCAAGACUGCAAUGGGAUGUGUGAUAACUGUGCCUUUUCGUGCGAGUUCAAGGAAAUCGAUGCAUCAGGCCAUGCAAGGGCUAUUGUAUCUUUGCUGCAAGAAAUCCAAGAAAUGGAUCAGAGAGCAACAAUGUUACAGUUGGUGGACAAGUUCAAGGUUAAGAACAAGGAAGUAGGCUUUGAGCUGAAGAAGGAUGAAUUAGAGCAACUUGUGAUUCAGCUUAUUCUCCACAGAGUGUUGAAAGAAGAAUUUUCGCACACAGCUUAUGCGACUAAUGCUUAUGUCACAUUAGGCCCACUUGCCAAACAUGUUUUGCAUGGGAAGAAAAAUAUUACACUGGAGGUCACUAGUGGACACAGAAGUAGCAGCGGUAUUACAAAAUCCUCCAAACGCAGCAGGCGCUCAGGAUUGGAAGUUAAACUUGAUAAUCUGCGCAAGGAACUUUCCUCCAUGCAUGGAGGAAUAUUUCCUCAUUCUAUUUUGUCUACUCAGCAGAUCACUGCAUUGUGCUCUGAAAAACCAGAAACCACAGAACAGUUGGAGAAGAUAAUUGGUAAAUUGAAGACCCAAAAAUAUGGACAAAAAAUUCUUGAAGUAAUUGGGCAGCACAAAUCUGAUGAAGAAAAAGUCAAUGAUACAUCAGAUGAGGAGCAGGAAACAAGUGUAAAUAGAAGUGCAAAGAGGCCUAGAAAUAAAAAGGUGGUGGAUAUUUCAAGCAGUGGAGAUGAAAAGUGAAGGAAGUCAUGGGACAAAAUAAUAACUUGAGGAUUAAGAUACAAUAUAAGAGUAGUCUAAUCUUUUAUUAGAGACCAAGGCACACCUUAAAUGUAUUUUUCCAGCAAGUUUCAGGUCUUUCGAAUGCUGAUAUUUUGGGGUAGCAUAAAUAUUAGUUUAAUAGGCAAAGAAGAGAUUGAUCAUGCUACCUGUAUCUUGAUCUGUUUUCCAACACGAACAAUGCUCGCCCAUUUUGUUACCUUUGAUUAUGAUCAGAGUUUUGAUAUUUGGCUGUAGCACGGAUUAAACCUGAGAUGAUUUGGUAGCCAGGCAAUUUGGUCGUGGUGGUCAUGUUCAUGUUGUUUAUUGUUAAAAGGCAGGGUAAGCUAGAUGAAAAUAAACCUUGUCUUGUUGA